CUAAGUUAUAGACAUUUUUUUUUUUGAAGAGUACUUAUGUUCAAAUAGUUCAUUUUUGAAAAUGUUUAAGAUGAAUAACCUAUGGCAUGAGACCUAACAUAUAUAAUUAAGGAUGUCAUGUAUGUACUCAUUUGAAACGUAUUAUUCUCACACUUAAAAAAGAGAUCAAACAACUGUAAAUUAAACAAAACACAAAACACUGUCCAACCAGUGUAUAAUAUAUUAUCCUAAUGUAGAACUGAAUAUUUUGUCCAUGAUUAAUAUUUGUGAUGCUGAAAGUUCGUGUUUCAAUGAAUUGCAGCGAGAUUUGUUUCAAUAUAAUAAUUAUCGCCAAAAUUCGCUUGUUUUGGUACAAUGUUUACAUAUUUAAUAGCUAGCACUUACCUAGAUAUGAACAAAGGUGGGGUACCCGUAUCUGUUUUUUCUUAUUUGUGUGAGUUCCGUGUGCUUAUAAAAUAAUUAUGGUAUCCUUAUAUUUAAUUGAAACUUUAAGUAGACUUCUAAAAAGCUAUAUAAAUCAUGCCUUUAGCGAAUAUUGUCUUGACCAAUAUGUGGCUUAAAUGUGCACACAACUGAAGCAGUAGGACAAAAAUUGUAUAUAAUUAGCCAUGCUUCUUAAAUUCAUUCUCUUUAUUUGUCAAGCACUUGCAAAACAGUUUUAUUUAGUUAUAUACAUUUACUUAUAUAUCACGCUUUAUGUUAAUGCUGUAUUAUUUUUGACAUUUCAAUAUGUAAAAACUCGACAUUCACACUUAUACGUAAGCAAACUAGGUUUUAUUAAAAAAUAAUAUAUAGUAUAUGCAUUAUACGAAAUGAAUCGAGUCAUUAUCUUUAAAAGCCAUAGUUUUUGGCAACUUUUCUCGCAAUCUUUGUUAACUGGAGGAGAUCUUUAUGCAGUAAUAUGGCCUAUUGAUGAGACAGAUAUGUUUUCAUGUUAUAUGAGUAUUCGAGGUCGCACAAAUUAUAAAAUACAUGUAUUCAGACACUGACAUUAUUUAUAUCCAAACAUGUAAUUAUACUGACAAUCUAGCUAAUUGUUCUUAACAAUACGUAUAACAGUUGUGAAAAAAUACGCACAUCAACACCUUACAGAUUCUAUUAACAGGUUGAUGUACUGGUAAACACAACAUCUGCUAAUUUGGACCUUUCUAAAGGUAAUGUUUCAGCAGCUCUUUUGAAGACGGCCGGGCCUGGGCUUCAGAAAGAAUGUAACAAGAAAUAUGGACAGGGUUUACGGCAUCGGGAAAUUGCAGUAACCAGAGGAUAUGGUACAGGAUGUAGGAAAAUAUACCAUAUGGCACUGCUACCGUAUUCAACAAAGGACAGUAUAAGGAACAUAAGAAUACAUAUGAUUGGCUGUUUGCAAUUAGCUUCAGACAACGGACAUACAUCAAUCGCCUUUCCGGCAAUGGGAACGGGCUCAUUAGGUUAUCCAGCGGAACUCGUUGCUUCAGAAAUGUUCGGAUGUGUAGAGAGAUUUAAACGUGACCGCCCACAAACAACACUGAAAAUGAUCAAGUUCGUUAUUUACGACAAGGAUAUAGAACUUUUUCAGUAUUUCAAGCAAAUCGAAAUGUCAGGUAGAAGCUGCAGUCAAGUUAGAAUAGAAAUGGUUGGCACAGAAAAAAGUAUAAACAUGUCAAAAGAACAUUUGGAUGCAAAAGUUCAUGAAUUGCUGAAAUUGCCUGUCACAGAUCAAUCAAAUAUUUCCAGUGCAAGUUAUGUAAGUCCUAAGCCAGUAGAUGAAAAUGAUCUUGCAUGUGGAGGCCUCACACCAACAGAAAAUAAUUUCAGCAAAGACAAUACACAUUCUUCUGCAUUGAAAACCCCGCCUGAAGAAAGUAAGGAAGAAAACGGACGCAGAUCAUCAAAAGACUGUCACCGGAAGCAAAGAAUGUAUGAUAGAACAUUCUCAUUGACCAAGGAUGCUGAAUAUUUGAAAGUCUUCGAGAUUGAUGACUGUAUGUUGCGAGUAUACAAGGGUGAUAUAUUGAAUGUCCCAAUCGAUUGUAUGGUAAUUGCAAAAGAAGGGAAUCAACAACAUUACGUUGAUAAUAUCGCAGCCACUGACGUACAAGUGGUAGGAGAGGCAUGCUGUUUGAAUCGAAAAAAGGAACAAAUUGGUACCUGCGUCAUACAGGCUGUUUUCCCAAGCUGGUUCAACUAUAAACCAAUGACAAGAUCGAACUUCACAAAAUGUGCUGACGAUCUUAGGAAGACAACGCUCAAUUGCUUACAACUAGCCGAAAAUGAGAAUUGCACUUGUAUUGCAUUUUCAUCUUUAAAUUCAGGAAAGUUUGAUGUUCCUCAAGAGGUUUGUGCUGUUCAGUAUGCAGAGGCUAUAAAGAUGUUCACAAAGGAAAGAAGAAGCAAAAACGUAAAGGAAAUUCAUUUUAUUGACCAGAAUCGAAACAUGGUUGAGAUAAUUCAAAAGACUUUUCAGGACGUAAUUCAUGAUGGGAAGCAUUCGCCUUAUAACAUGAAUUUAUAUAUUGAAAGAUCUUCUGUGGACAAAAGUGGUGGUGCAUCAGUAACAGACAAUGAUAUGAAAUCGCCAACAAGAAAUACAGUUUUGAAAACGUCGAUAUAUAUUCCGUCCCAGCAGAACUUGUCAAAGAAAGAUUUCGCUGAAUAUGACAAACAAGUCUCAUACAUACAAGAUCGUAAAACAUUAAAAUGCUUCUUUCCACCUGGAAAUGUGGUUGAAGUAUAUGAUGCAGACAUAUUGAGUUUAUCUGAUGUUGAAGCAAUAGUUUGUAGCGAAAAUAAACAAGGGGAAGCAAAAGGUAUGAUUGCUCAAGCAUUGUUAAAAGUAGGGGGAGAUCCUUACAGUUAUGCAAAGAUGAAAGAGUUUUAUAAGUAUAAAAAUUCUGGCGAUAUAAUCACGACACAAGGCGGAAAAUGUGGAUUUCAGUGGGUAAUGCACGCCAUUAUUUCCAGAAAAUGCAAACAAAAUGUUGUUCCGAUCGUUUACAGGAAUGUUUUACUAGAAACAAGGAGGAAAAAUAUCUCUUCAUUGGCGUUACCAAUAUUGGGAACAGGUUGUGAAGAUAUGGACGUAAUAGACAGCGCAAGGUUAUUGCUCUCUGAGUUGAUUCAGUUUUUCAACGAUAGUAAGAAUAGACAAUUCACUCUCCAUGUCCAUUUAGUUCUAAAUGAUAAAGAUAUAGCGAGCUCAGUUAAAGAUGUUUUCAAAGCACAUAUAACCAAAAUUAAAGAGUCUCAUAAAAGUGAAGUUGAACCACGAACUGGACAAAUUUCUGUAGACAUGGGGCAUGAAAGUCAUUCUAAAGAAAACGAAACAGGAGACAUAAAAGAUGACGUGAAAACGAAAUCCGAUUUCUCAACAGUUGAUUCAGCUACCAAAGACGAAGAAGUCCCACAAGACUGUGUUAUAUGCAUGGACAACAUAACAAAGCCUAUGAAGUUAAUCUGUGGACAUACCUUUUGCUCAGAAUGUAUUGAAGGAUAUUUUCGGGUAAGGAAGGUUUGUCCAACAUGUGGCAAAGUAUGCGGGAUUAUCACUGGUGACCAACCUGAAGGAAUGAUGGACAUCAUAAAAAGACGCGAACAUUUGGAAGGUUAUAAAAGAUACAAAACCAUUGCCAUUACUUACAGUUUUGCAUCUGGAAAACAAGGGACAGACCACCCAAACCCAGGUACUCCUUAUAAAGCUAUCACUAGGACAGCAUUCUUACCUGACAACAUGGAAGGCAGAGAGAUAUGUGCACUUUUGAAGGUGGCCUUUGAGAGGCGUUUAGUUUUUACAAUUGGAACAUCAAGAACAACUGGGAAAGAGGGAGUUAUAACAUGGAACGAUAUACAUCACAAAACGGACUUCAGACCACACACACAGUUUGGUUACCCAGAUGGUACUUACCUUCAAAGAGUACGUGAGGAACUUGAAGUGAAAGGUGUCACCAUGCCGGAUAUUGACAAGGACUUCAUUAGGAAGCUUGAUAAAGAUAAUUUUAGACAGAUCAUCAAAUAGAGGAGUGACAUUGUUAUUAGUAAAUACGGAAAUGUUGAAUGGAUCUUGUGUUGUUAUAGACUUUUUUGGAUUCAUUAAAGUAUAGUCAUUUAAAAAUAAAUUGAAGAGGGAAUUUUUAAUCAUAUUCUUGUUUGACGUUGUUGACAUGCAGUCACCUGAAAAUGUAUUACACAAUAACAUUUAUACAUAUUUAAAACUAUCAGGCUAGUUUCUUUGUGGCAAAGAAAUUGGACUAUAAUAGAGAUCAUUGGAGCUACUUGAAUGGCCCUGCUUUAACUUUGAAAUUUCAAUGUGUUUUAAAUAACCCUCAAAUAAAACAAAGUUGUAAGGGGUCAUAGUUGAAUCAGCUUAUCCGUUUAGCCGUAUGACAGUUGGGUUUUGUUUUUGCAGGUUAUAACUCGAAAAAUCUUAAGUUGUAGAUAUCAACUAUAAAUAUAUUUCAUUCAGGAAAAGUGCAGUGCCUAUAAAACCAUAAGUCCCUUUUGCAUAAUUUUGGAGUUACAUUUAUUACAUUUCGUUAUUUUACAUUUUUAAGUUUUUUUCCAAAAAAUUACAUAAAACAUUUAGCACUUAUAUAUUGUAUGUUUGCUGUACAUUUAGUGCUUGUAGACAAUAUAUUAUGUAUAAGUCUUUAAUAAAAGUAUGUCUGUUCUGUUCUGUUUAUAAGUUCCUUUUUUCAACUCCUUGUGCUCAGAAGAAUAAGUUACACAUCACAUCACACUCAAUAUUUUAAUAGUGUACCAGUCAUUAGCACUUUUGAAAAUCUUAGUAACAUACAAGCAACAUCAGCAGCUGCCUUUGAAAUAACACGGGGUAUAGAUUGAUUAAUUUAAUUUUAUACAUAUUUACUGUAUUCUUAUAUCUUUAUGCAUGUUUGUCAUUGUAAGAUAAUUCUUAUUUCUUAGUUAUUUACUAGUAUCAGGUAUUUACAAGAAUUGAUAUGCAUAUAUAACAUUAUUUUAUAGACAUUUUCACAUUUCCAAAUACACAAUUUAAGUACAUAACAUAAAUGUAAAUAAAAUCGAUUAAAUAAUUAAAAGAAUAAGAUUCGAUACUUGCUGAUCCUAUGCAAACUUCACUUAAAUAAUGAUUAAUAUAACAGAAUAUCUAGAAAUAAUAAUUGCAUAAUCAAAUAUUUACACUAUGUGCAUGUGAGAAAAGCAUAAUAAAAAGUACCAAUUUAGUUAAUUUUAGUAAUACAUGUGUAUUAUGAUAAGCAUUCACAAUGGUGGCAAAACAGAAGAAAAAAACCUAUCUCAUGACAGUCUUCUUAAGUUUGUGUUGAAAAUGUUGCAAUUUAAUUUGCUUUUAUAGAUAGAUAGAUAGUAUUUCUCAAUUCAUAACAGCAUGGAGUUAAAUAUAUGUUUAUAUAUCUGUGAUAACAGUGAAAAAUAAAUAUUUACAAGCACAUGCGCAUAAAUCAUAAAUGAACAUAAUUUACAAGCAUUCAAUUUGAACAUAAUUUACAAGAAUUUCGAAUAAAUACAUGUAAUAUGAAAUAUAUAUUAUAUAAACAUUUUAUAAGAAAUACACGUAUUUAUAUUACAAUUAAUUUGUGUAAUACAUUUACUUAUACUAGUAAAUAUGGAAGUGGAAGGUAACAUUUAUAAGAAAUGUAUAAACUAUAUUACAUGAUAUGCUUUAUGUUUUUUUCUUUGUAGAUAACUAGUCACCUGCAUUUUAGAACUUUGCUACAGAUUAUUGACAAAUUUGAAUUUAUAUUUUUAUAAUGUAGUCAAUCCUGCACAUUUACAAUGUUUUGUUUUCUGUAGCUUAAUGAAUUGAAAAAAAUAAAUUCGCUCUUAUAGGCUGUCAUUUAUUUUCACAACAUUUGUCUGCAAUGAUUCUCUUGAAAUAUCAACUGUUUCUUGAAAGAGCUUAAUGCUUGUCAAUGACUUGUAUUGUGUAUUUGUAAUUAUAAUAAAUAGCUUAUUAUAAGAGACGGAUAGCCAUGAGAAAAUAUUAUAACCACGGGAAUUUAAGUUCUAAGUGAACUGUUUGGCAUCCAUACAUUUUCGGCUUCAUUCCCCCAGCAAUCUUGUCAGCUGUGUUAUUUCUUUUGAUCUCUGUUAAAUACCUACAUAAUUAGACAUAUAGCGUAUAAAUAGUUACAAACAUAUAAAUUGCAUGGUCUGAAGUGUUUUAUUUUUAGCAUUAUUUUCGUAACCUAAGUAAAUUCUUAAUUCAUAAAUUUAUUUAACGUAGCAAUAGGUGAAAAUAAAUGAGCCGCGUCACGACAAAACCAACAUAGUGGC